UAGUGGUGUAAUCUACUCUACAGUUUGUGGGUCACAAGACCGCUAUGCACAGCUCAUACUGGGUCCAUGAUUGGAUAUUAUUAUUGCACAUGACACAAGGCAAUUCUCAAUGCAGUAAGUCCUUCAGCAGUGGAAGUAAGCAGUACUGCAUGGUGGUUAUCAUAGUUUAGGAGUUGUAUCACUUGAUUCUCUAUCAAAAAUCAAAAGCCACGCAUCUCCAAAAUUUGUGAUCUGCUGAUCUGUUGUGCUUGUAUAAUGUAAAUUGUUCAGUGACAUGGGUAAUGUUCAGAGUGGAAUGUACCUGUCAUCCUACCUUCUGUGCAUCAUCUGUCUGAAGGAUACAUCUGGGUUAUUUUAUGAAUUUUAAUCUGCUUUAGGAGUGCAAAAAGUACAUCACUUUCAUCUGUGACAUUGUGGAAUUAUGUAGGUGGCAGUCCUCAGCAACAGAUAUAAAUCAACCAUAUCAUCAGCCUAGUAACUGGCAUCAGGUGCAGGACAUUGAAGCCAAUUAGCAAACAAACAGAGGUCAGCAACCUGAAGGUCAAAUGUCACAUGUAACCAUGGAGGUGAGCCAUGGAGGCAGUCAUCUGCACAAUGGUCUGUCAAGUUACUCUCAUCACCAUACUGGAGUGAUGGGUCAUAUGGCCAUGGGGUCAGCAGGUGAUCGGGUCAGCAACAGUCACCAGCAUGCAUCGUGUUCACCUGCAGGUGAGCGUGUGGCCAUUAUUAAAGGCUGCAGGCUGUCAUAUGAUGUUGACCUCGAUGCUUUAAUAAACGACAUGAACACUUUCCCUUCUUGUAAUGAAGACCGUCCCCUGUUGGAGAGCAUGGAGAACUUGACCCACCUUCAGGAAAGUAGCAGCUGUGACUGCAGUACCAAGCGCACUAGCCAUAUGGCUCGCAUCAUUCCCAAGCCCAAGCUAGACUGGGCUUGGCGAAGCAAGUCCACAUCAGACACACCAGUGGUAGAACAUGCCAAGCUCAAACUGAGUACUUCACUACCAGAGAGGGGAGAGCGCAAGAAGGGGGUGAUUGGGGAGAGUGAGGUACCCAAUCCAUUUCCAGGUUUGAAGACAACAGGAGUAGGCUCAGCUGUGGAGAGCUUGUACAUUGCACAGCAAAGCAAGGAGGACAUAUGUCUGACAAAUGGAGAGCAGAGUGGGGUAGCUCAGCUUCCACUGAGAAUAUGUUGUGAAGAUGGUACCAGCAAACUGUGUGAGGUUCAUCCCAGUCUAACAGUUCAAGAUGUAUGUGCAUUGAUGGUCAGUAAGAUGCAUAGUAGCGAUGAUAAGAGUUGGUCAUUGAUAGAGGAGAUUGUGGACCUGGAUCUAGAGAGAACGUUAGAAGAUCAUGAGCUGGCCUCUGCAGUCUACAAAAGUUGGCCACAAAAUUCAAACAACAAACUCCACUUCCGGAAAGACUUCAGAAAAUAUGAAAUCUUCCAGAGUCCAGGGCAAUUCUUUCCAGAGCAAAUGCUUGUUGAUGAAGAUGAUGGUGACAGUCCAACACUCAGUAGCAAACGGCCCAAGACACCGUGGUUAUUGGACUUAUUAUCCACAGCCGACAAGAUUCCUGAGAUUCAAGGCUACUUACAUGCUAAGGAAGGGCACAAGAAGUCCUGGAAGAAGAUGUUCUUUCUCUUGAGGGAAAAUGGGCUGUAUUACUCUAGCAAAGGCAACUCCAAGGAUCCGAGACAUCUUCAUUUAUUUGUGCAAUUCAAUGAUGUCAACAUCUACCAAGCUACUAAUGCAAAGAAGAAGUAUCACGCACCGACUGAUUUCAUGUUCUGCACAAAGCACGGUAAAGGGAAAUCAGAGCUGAAAGACCUCAAGUGCUUCUGUGCAGAAAGUGAGCGGUCACGACAGUGUUGGCUGGCUACUAUGCGUUUGGUUAAGUAUGGAUCAUUACUGCGUGAAAACUACAACAGUGCUAUGCACAGGACGGCCAAAAACAAAGUGACUGAUACUGAUAAUGCUAUGAAGGACAUGAAGAACUGCACAGAGCGAGCAGCAAUGGAUUUCUCAGGUAAUCAAGGUCGUGUGAUUGACAACCCAUCUGAAGCUAUAGCCAUAGCUAGACAAGAAGGAUUCAAUUGGAGGAAACGAGGAGGGCAGCGUUCGUUUGAGGGACCCUCCCUGACAAGUCCUCGACAGACUAAUGCCAGCAGUCCUCGUUUUGUCUUCAAUCCAUUACACAAGGAACUUCACAAUACUGGCAGUCACAGUCCACAACCUAGUAGUCCAAGGCAUAAUGGAGGGAGUCCCAGAGGAGGCGGCCAUCAUGGAAAUAGCAGCCCUGCUGGCCACAGACUGGGAGGAUUCAGAUCAGGCAUCCACAUGACACAGCCCUGGUUCCACAGUGGGCUAACACGUGAGCAAACUCAUGAACUCUUUGCCAAGAAAGGCAUGGUGGAUGGUAUGUUCUUGGUGCGGGAAUCUCAAAGAAUAGCUGGAGCCUACGUCUUGUCAUUCAGCUUCAACCAGAAAGUUAAACACUACCAAAUCAAUGCUGUUGAGAGCAGUGGACAAGUUUUUUACACCUUGGAUGAAGGCAGCACAAAGUUCACUGACCUGGUUCAGUUGGUUGAAUUCUACAUGGUUAAUGCUGUGGGACUGCCAACACCCUUGCUUCAUGCAUGCUCAUCUGUCUGAGGUGUUAUGAAAGAGUGAUGAAAGAGUGAAGGAAGAGUGUGGUUAUGUGUCCUAGUACAUGGACUUUUGACGACUUUAACACAUUAGACCCUGUACCGCCCUGAACUGCCCUGCCUGUUACUCCUUAUAUCGUCCCAAACCACCCCAGUACUGUAUGUUCAUCAAGGAGUCAAUACAUUGUCAAGAAUGUAAUACAAAUGCUAAUAAGUCAAAUUGAUGGAACAUCUUAGCAGAGUUACACUGUGAGUGGCUAUAUCCAUUAUCCAUGGAGUGACCAUCCUACAUGUUUAGUAGCCUGAUGUUUUCCAUUGUACAUGUUGCUGAGUAGUCAUUGUGGUUUUCAAGCAGCAGAAGAAGAGCAAGAUGUUCAAGGGCAUCGGGCAUGACAAUCUCUGGUUGCUUGCUAUUUGUAAAUGACUGACUUUGUAACAAAAUGUUGGCUUGUGUUGUGAGACAGAUUUGUUCCUUACACAUUGAGGCUUUUGGUAAGGGGUUAAAUUCUCUCCUAUUCUGAGAGCCUGGUAGUGUAAGAGACAGUAUAACUCUUGGAUCUUUCCUCUGGGAGAAACUCAAAUUGCCCUCAAGAAUUGCUGGUUUUCCAGAGGUCACUGUUAUAUGAAGACACCAUCUUCAAGAAUAGUUUGAAUGAACUAACCCUUAGCUGCAGGUAUAGUUUGCUUGAUGUUUGUACAUCACAUUUCUGAAUUUCAUACAUUUCCUGAUACUCUAUUUACAGUGCAUUUAUACUAUGAACUACAUGUAUGUCUACGGUGUACAAAAUAUUAAGUUCACCUUUUUGGUUCCAAAACUUAAAUGCUGAGAGCAUUGAGUUAUAGCCACGACUGUAAUUACAUUAUUAACAGAAUUUGUACAUAUUAAAUCUUGUGGCAUUUAUGUAUAUGUACAUGUAGUUGUGAAAUAUAUUGUGGAAAAGUACUACAUAUUUUGCUGAUGCAGGUAUUGAAAGAAUGACAGAUUGCUUGUGUAAUAUCUGACUUGGCAAGGAUACUACAGACAUGUACAUUGGCAGGACCUGCACUACAAGAAGCAUUUCCAUUCCUGUUCUUGUUAUCUGGAUUAUAUUUAUUGUCAAUUGACACCUCAGUGUAAUUGUAUUAUUAUCAUUAUUUUGUUAGAAAAGUCAUAUAGAUGUAGUUGGAUUUUUAACGUGAAAGGAUAAAACCUUGUUGUAGCAUUAGUUCAAGUAUAAACUAAUAGGGCAUCAAUGCUGUUACGUAUAACAUGCCUUUUAAGGUAUCUUGUUUUAUUAUUAAGGUUCUACUUGGGAUACUUUUGUGGUGCUUAUGGGCCCAUCCACUGCAUAUUUUGAAUUAUCCAAAGUUAUUGGGGGCAGGGUUUAGUGUGGGAGACCAUCGCAAGUUAAAUUUGAACAUAUUUGUGCACCGAUGACACGUGAAGACACUUUGGCUUAGCUUUGUGCACCUUUAGGAUAAAUAAGUUGUGCGUACUUCGCCCGCGAACCAGUAUAGUGCGCACACGCGAUGUUCCGUCCAAGGGGGUCUCAAAAGUGGUAAAAACACUCCCUCUUUUGUUGGCGCAUGGAGCCAAAAUACCUUCAUUCAUAUUUAAAAGUUCUACAUUAACAUUGAGCCUUCAUCUCUGUAACGUAAUCAUUGAGAAAGAACUAAUGAGGCUGGAAUGUGACAUUACAAUGUUAUCCAUGUCCCCUUUUUCCCAAAGAGCUGCCAAUGUAGAUGUUUGUAAUUGUUCCAGUUGCUGGAUGACUAUUUACAGAUAGUUACAAUCUUACCACCUUGAAGCAGUCUUAAGUCUCCUAAGAUUAAUCAAAGAUGUGAUUGUCAAUCACAAAUUGUCUCAAUUGCAAACUGUAAAGUCUUCACAUGAUUAUGGGUGCAAAUUUAAGCCAUGCAAGUUAAAUUCUUACAUGUUGAGCUCAUAACCAGAGUUAAAGUGUUUCAAUAGACGUUAAAUGUGUAGCGGCCAUCUCAGAGGGCAUCUUUUGUUAUUGAAUUCAGUAACAAUGAAUGCACAAAAAGUUCACUAAUACGUAUCCAAGCAAAACAAAUAUAUUACCCUUGAAGAUGGCUGCUACACAGUAAGGUCUAUACAUGGGGGUAACCCCUGAUUAUCUCCACAUUCUACACUUCCUAAAUACGGGUUGUAUCUAUAUUACAUGUAUGUGUGGCCACUUACCUAAUCAAUGUUUAUGAUGCAGAGUUACAAGUGUACUAAUCAAAAGCCAAAAAUGAAAAACUCCAACAAAUGCGUGCAAAAAGAACAUCUGAUUCAUUUUAGAAAGUAAAUGGUAAUUCCAUUGAAACAUGUAUUCAAUUCACUUGUGGUUGUGUGAAAUCUGUCAUGUCCAGAAGAGUAAAGUGACUGUACUGUAUUUUGUGUGGUGUAGCAAACUAAAUUCACUGUUAUUCUAGGUUUUGUUGGUUUUUACACAUGUAUUUAAAAUAGUUCAAAACCACUCAGCACUAGUUGCACAACUUUUGUGUGAUUGAAUAUAAAGUCUCUUUGAAAUAUCAGAGAUAUCAACUCAUGACAAUUAACGUACAUUUAUUAACAGAUUAAAGGAACACAAUGCCUUUACUUGACCACUUGGGUCUAUGGGAAAUACUCCUAAAAUAUCUCAGCAUUGUACUGAGUCUGAGACAUCUUGACACCCAUGAGUAGAGGCUGAAUCUGAUGCUGUCUCAAUUACAUCAUGUAUUGCUGAAAAUGAUCCCAAAUGUAGCUUUAUAUUUAGAAGAUAUUGCAAGUUUAUGUUGAAAAUGGCAUGUUUCUAUAAACUGUUCAGAAAAAAAACAUGA